AUGACAUCGAUUCGUAGUGAAUAUUUGUUGAAAAACUCGAUUUCACUCGAUUACGGAACGAAACUGAAUUCAUUGCAGGAUGACGAUACGAAAUCUCAUUCGAGUUUGAAUAUUGAAUCAUCAAAUGGAUUGCAUUAUCUUUCAUCACCACCAUUGCAUGGUCAUUCAAGUCAGCGACAGUCUUCGAAUAAAAAUUUAUCAAAUUCGAUCAUUCAACAUCGAAAUUCUCACGAAAACGGCUUCACUGUCAAUGGUUCGUUCUUCGAUGAACAAAUCUUUCAACCUGCACGUUCUUCUUAUGUAACUGAUUAUGUCAAUACACCACACGAUUGCAAUCGAUUUCUUGAAGGUCAUCAUCUCGCUUUCACAUCAUCAUCAUCAUCAAACUUAGAUGCUCAUCUAUAUAAAUUAGCAUUUAUUAUUACAUUAUCCGAUCAGUGCGUCGAUAAAGAACUCUUACUCGGACAUUACCCACCUGAUGAUGAUAAUCAUGAAGAUAAGAUUCUCGAAGCAUUGUCAGUAUACAAACGUUUCUGUUUCCCUGAAUUGAAUUCCAAUCAUCGCAAUGGUGGACAACUUAUUACUGAUUCUGCUACGUACAUCUUUACACGAACACUUUCCAAUGGUCAAGUCGAAUAUGGUUAUUGUCGGCGACUAUCAAAAGAAUACAAUCAAAUGGCAGAGUAUCCAAUUGUCAUUUGCAUUGUCUCAUCUCAUUCAUAUUUCAAACUCUACGAUGCCAUUUUAAAUGAAUUGAUAAAAGCAUAUAUGACCAACGAAAUGGAAUGCAGUCUUCUAAUGCAGGCAUUCUAUUCCAAGCCAUUGCCUAUGCCUAAUUUAAAUUCAUCAGGUGUCACUUGUGUACUAAACGAUCGUCGUUUGUUUUUCUAUGUAUGUCCGCGGGAUGAUCGUCUCAAUCAUGAUUAUUUUUCAACCCUACUUUCUUGCCUGUCCUCCUAUCAAAUUAUUUAUUUGUUUGAGUCAAUGUUACGUUCGAAACGUAUCUUGCUUUUCUCACAUUACCCAUCGAAAUUAACCAAAUGUACACUAGCUCUUUCAUUACUUAUCUAUCCAUUUAUAUGGCCGUAUUCAUUCGUUUCUCUGAUGCCCUCGUCAUGGUUAACUGACCUAUUGGAUAGUCCAUGUCCGUAUAUAUACGGUUGUUUGCGUGACACAAUGCAGCAAAUACCUAAAGCACCAGAUAGUGAAACGCUGAUUGUUGAUCUCGAUCUAUGUACACUGGACGGAAAUCUCGAAACAACAUAUUUGUUACCGUACAAUCUUCGACAAAUUUUAGAAUCUUCACUUGAUUAUGUAGCAAGAUUUCGCUUACUGAGAACCAAUUCCAUAUUAACUAAUAUUGCCGUUAGUGAAGCAUUUCUAUCCGUAUUUACUGAACUACUCUAUCGUUUACCGGACUUUUUCAAACGUAACAAAUCGUCAAUAACGGAGAAAGAUCAGCAAUCUUCUAUAGGUCCAGAUCGUCUUCAACAUCGUGAUAGUGGCAUCGAUCUACAAUCACUUGUUUCAAUGGAAUUAUCACAAGUAAUUCUAAAUAAUGAACCGAAGGCUGUAGAUAAUUAUCUUGGGUAUGAAUUUCACACAGAUGAAUUCCUUCGCGUGCAAAUCACUCCGUCUUACGUCAUAUUUCUCAAAGAAUUUAUAUCCGGUAAGUUUGGUUUCCUGAAAUAUUUUCAACGGAUUCGUUCUUCUUGUUUGAUAGGAAUGCUGUUUAUGAAAUUCCUCGAUGAUUAUCAACGAAAUAGUGAGAACACGUUUUCACUUUUCAUUCGCCGUUUGAAUGAACGACGUCAGCGAUCAAACGAAGAUCUCACCAUCAAUCCGCUGAUUCGAUUUCGUCAAACAUUUGAUCUCCUGGAAAAACAAAUGAAACUAUCAACAAAGCCAACAAACCCGUCAUUCUCGAAAUUCUUGAGAAAAAUUUUCGAAUAA